AUGACGGUUGUCUUUGAGGACAACGAUGUGCGAACACCUCUAGACGAGGCAUUGACCCAGGAGGGUGGGGUGCAGUCAGUAAACGAAGUGGUCUUUGACCUUGAGGUAUGUACACCUGUGAACGCUGAUGCGUCGGAUGCUGAGAGCAUCAUGAUAGCCGAUGAUAGUAUCGUGAGUGACGGUGAUAGCAAACAGCUAUAUACACUCGUCAAUGGUUUGACUGGGGAUGUUGAAGAGCCGGUGGCUUAUUCUGCUAUACCCGCAGUAAGUGCUCUGUUAGAGCUGGACGAGCUGUCCUUUGCCGAGUUUGGCAGUGCCUUACAGGCAGGCGACAUCGCCGAAGUGGUCGUUGUACGACCUGAGGAGGAGUUAAGCUCCUAA